ACAAUGCGGAUGUAAACACAGCUAGACUCACGUGUAGGACUUGUAUAGCUCCGACCCUCCCAGUGAAUGAUGUCAGUGAAGGUGGAGCGGUUCUCCAGCCCCGGGAAGGGGAACGGGCUGCGGGCGGUGAGCGGGGUCCCUGCGGGGGGGCGCGUCUGGUCCGCCGCGCCGCUCGCCGCCUGCGUCUCCAACACCCUGACCGGAGAGGUCUGCAGCGGCUGCUUCACACGCCGUGCGUCGUUGCGGAGGUGCUCCCAGUGUCGGACCGCUCGCUACUGUGUGUGUGUGUGUCCAGCGGCGGGCGUUGGUUCCGUCCAUAAGAGAGAGUGUGUGUGUCUCCGGGACCUCUUGCCGAGGGCCCCGACCGACUCGGUGCGGCUGGCAGCCAGGAUCCUCUUCAACCCCCACGGUACGGUACUCGAGGAGCUGUACACCCUAGAAGAGCACGAGUCACACCUGGACAUCAUGUCCGAGCAGAAGAGGCGGGGCCUGUCCCAGCUGGCGGACAUGUUGCAGAUCUACCUGCAGCCCGAGGUCCCGGACCUCAUGGAGGAAAUGACAUCACUCCCACCGUCCUGCCAAGACCCCCUCAGCCUCCUCGCGAAGGUGGCGUGUAACUGUUUCACCAUCAGCGACGAGGAGCUGAAGGAGGUUGGAGUGGGGCUGUACCCGAGUCUGUCGCUGCUGAACCACGACUGCCGGCCCAACUGCGUGGUGGUGUUUGAGGGCAGCAGGCUGGUCCUCAGAGCGGUUAAGGACGUCUGCCCCGGAGAAGAGCUGUUGAUAAGUUACAUAGACACUGUAUCGGUGACGGCUGACAGGCAGCGACAGCUGAGUGACCAGUACCACUUCACCUGCAACUGCCAAUGUUGUGGAACGCAAGCUAUGGACGGAGCCAUGCUCUGUGGGGAGGAAUCGUGCUGGCGGCCCCUGGAGCAGGCGCACCCCCGACUGGAGGGGCUGCAGGCGGACUCCCAGUGGACGGCCGUGCUGGAGAACAGUGGCUCUCUGCUGUCGGCCGCAGAGUGCGCCGUCCCCGACGACAACGUCCACAAGCUGAGGGUGGCGGACCUGGCGCUGGACGCCUGCGUGAACCUGGGCGUCUGGGGGAGGGCCCUCACCUACGGGCUGAAGACCCUGCCCGCCUACAGGCGGUACUACCCUGACCCCCACCCGGCCCACGGCCUGCAGCUGAUGAGAGUGGGGAAGCUGCAUCACUACCUCGGGAACACCGAGGAGGCUCUGGACCUACUCAGACAGGGCUAUGAGAUCCUCAGGAUCACCCACGGUGAGGAGAACCCCCUGACCCGAAGGCUGUCCCUGAAGCUGGAGCAGUGUCGCGCUGAGAUCCGCCCCUCCUAGCUCGCUGUGGUCCAAUCCCGCGCUGAGAUUACCUCUCCUAGCUAGCUGUGGUCCAAUCCUGCGCUGAGAUCACCUCUCCUAGCUAGCUGUGGUCCAAUCCCGCGCUGAGAUUACCUCUCCUAGCUAGCUGUGGUCCAAUCGCAAGCUGAGAUCACCUCUCCUAGCUAGCCGCCAUCCAGCGUUGAGAUUGACUUCUUAAUCGUCGACUUUAUUCAAGAUGUUUGUUUCAAUUUCUGCAUCUAUCAGGCUGACCACCUCAGAAAUGAUUUAUUUUUUUACAUAUUUUACAGUGGUAGGUGUCUGCAUUUGUAGAAAAUAAUCUACACCAAUUAUUACCCCUGUAAACCACUGUAUAAUAAGAUGAUAUCUCUUCCAAACUUUUGAUUAAAAAAACCUGUCCCAA